CUACACGUGUGCCGUCCACACUCUCUAGCGGCCUACCUUUCUCUCCAGGCGUGUGCCAUCCCCACUCCCAAAGCCCAUCAUUUCUUCCUCACCCCACACACCAUGUCUUCUCUAAAUCUCUGUCCUCAACCUCCUACUAAAUCUUCCAAACACCCACAAGACACCUCCAUUCAACUUACAAUCCCAUCCUCAUAUCCACCAACCAACCAACUCCAUAACGAAUCCCCACCGUUGGAUUACUUAUCACGGGCCCAGUGGCUACGUGCAGCCGUGCUUGGAGCCAGUGACGGGCUUGUCUCGGUUGCCUCGAUAAUGAUCGGAAUCGGAGCAGUCAACAAAACCACCAAAGCCAUGCUAGUAUCUGGUCUGGCUGGCUUAGUCGCCGGUGCAUGCAGCAUGGCUAUUGGAGAAUUCAUAUCAGUCUACGCCCAAUACGAUAUUGAAAUCGCCCAGAUGAAGAGAGAGAAGAUAGAAAGCAGAGGUGAACCGACCCAUCUGCCGAGCCCGAUUCGAGCUGCAGUAGCCUCAUUUGUAGCAUUUGCAAUGGGGGCUAUCUUGCCGUUGUUGGCAGGCGGGUUCAUACGCACAUGGUCGGUGAGGAUCGCAGUCGUGUGCGUCGUGACUAGCUUGGGUUUGGGCGGGUUCGGCGCUGUGGGGGCUGUGCUCGGCGGUGCACACGUGUGGAGAUCUAUGGUUAGGAUUUUAGUAGGUGGAUGGAUGGCUAUGCUAUUCACGUAUGGUGUGAUUAAGGUCUUUGGGAUUGUAUUUGGGAUGCAACUAUCUUAAGUCAAUUUGAUCUUUUGGAACGUAUGGCCAUUGAUGGUCUCGUUUCAUAACAGUUGUAAGGGAUCAAAUGAAAACAUAAAAACAAUUUCACUAAUUCAUGAUAUUUU